CCCUUCGUCCCGCGCUGCGCGCUCGCUGACGUCACUUCCAGCGGAAAACAUGGCGGCUGCCAGUCCGUCUGAUUCAGUGAAUUCACUACCGAGAAACGUUGUUAUCAAGACCGAGCCAGAAACCGAGGAUGAUCUACCGACUCCCGUGGAGGAAGUCCCGCUCAAACGGGACCCCGUCGUCCCGCUAUCGUCUCCGGUCAGCGGGCAGCAGCCUCUCUCCUGGUCGCAGGAUCACCGCCUGGCUGUUUGUACCACCAGCUCUCUGUCUGUUAUGGAGCUGGUGUGUGAUGUUCACAGCAACAAACAAGACCUCGUGCUGCACAGGACCUCAAUCCCAGUCCCCACCGAUGUGUACAAACUUCGGGUUGGACCAGCAGCAGAGCUAGCCGAAGCAAUAGAGAAGUUCUCUGAUCAUCCGGACCCGGCAGUAAGGCAAGAAUUUGUGGCUGACAGAGUGAUAAACCCGUCAGUAGGAGUUCACAAAGGAAUAAAAUAUGCCAGUUGGUCCCCAUUAGGAUGUGACUCCAGUGGGCGCUGCCUCCUCGCCUGCCUUUCUCUUGAAAACAGACUUACCAUUCACAACAGCCACAAACGUCUGGAGUGGAACAUGCUAGUCGAUCUCUCCAAAAAGUACAGUGAGAGACUAAAGGAGCGAGGCUAUGCCAAAAAAGACAACAAGCCUCCAGAGGCGAACCUGCUGGAUUUAGACGAGCUGCGGCGGCGCUUCAGUAUGCAGACUCCUCUGAGGAUGGAGUGGUCGAGUGUUUACACAAUGAAACAGGUUCAGCCGAACAACACAUGCUUAGACGUUGAGAUGGUUCUUCUGGCUGUCUUAAUGGAAAAUGGCGACCUUGUUUUGUGGAAGUUUGUGUUGCCGUUUUUAAAUGGAGCAGAUGUCAUGUUUUAUGACAUUAUCGAGUCAGGAGUGGCGAGACCCAGUGACUUGGCGUGGUGGGAGUAUGAGAGUGCAGGUCGUCGAAUGAGCGGCCUGAUCAUCGGCAGCGAGGUGGGACCAGUAAAGAUCAUGCCGGUCAGCCUUACAGGAGUGAAGGGCUACUUCACCCUCCGCCACCCGGUCAUUCUGUGGAAGGAGUGCGACGAGAUCGCCGUUGAAAACAUCAAAUGUGUCCCGAUGAUCCACCCCAUCCAAAAGUCAAGCUGUAGCCUCAUCGUGGCCUCACGCGGCUGCUACGUCUUUUGGUGUUUGCUCAUGAUUUCACCAGCUGGACUAAAUGUGCACAACUCUCAUGUUGCAGGGCUACACUCACUCCCUGUGAUCUCACUAGCGGUGAGUCAACAUGGCGUCGCUGUUUACACGUGUUCCAUGGACGGACAGAUAAAAAAGCUGACGCCAACAUUUACAGAGAACACUUUAAUUUUCAGACAGGAAGACAUGCUGCAGCCUGAGAACCUAGCAGGGAGGAGAAUACAUGGGAUAACAGUAAGCCUUAACGGAGCGUACAUUGCAGUCAUCACUACACAAGGAAUGGUUGGCAGUUUUCAUCCAAUAAACAGGACAUACCAGGUUCACUUUGUGGCCCUGAAAACACCAGAAAAGGCAGGAGCACUGCUGCUUAAAUCUCCCACACAGAGCUUGUACAAAAUGGCUGACUUGCUUGAUCUAGUGAGGUGGCAAAUUCUUAAAAACAAAUGCAUCCCCGAGUCAUUGCAGGAGGAAAUCGAUCAGAGGAUUCAGGAACAAGACUCUCUUUACUUUUGGCGAUUGAAGCUCUUUUUGGUGCGGGUACUUUACCAGUCACUGCAGAAGCCUCAAACAGAUCACCGCUGGAAACCCUCAUAUGACCAGAGUAAAGUGCUUCUGAGGGACGAGGCGGAGGAAGAGGAGUCGGGGGAAGAGGAUGGAGAAGAUGCUACACGAGAGGAAAGCGAGCCAGGGGAGGUGAAACAAGAGAAGGAGGUCAAUCUGGAACAGCAGAUGGUGGAGGUUCAGGCAUGGAUCAGCGCUGUGGAGACACACUUGAUGAGAGAAAACAUAAAGAAGGUGCUGGGGGUGGUGUACCUUAACACUUUAAUCACUCAGAACACCAGCAUACCCACCUGUGGUCUGAUGGAGUAUCUCUCAAAGGAUGCCAAUGACAGAGAUUCAGAGGUGCUGAUUGGCCACAUUAAGAAGAAGAUGAACAAGCAGUCGUUCCCAGAGCGCUGCAGUCUGUGUCAGGCUGUGCUGCCCUUCUCAGACCACAAACAAGCAAUCUGUCAAAAUGGUCACAUGUGGCUCAGGUGUGUGUUGUCAUACAGAGCCUGCCAGACGCUGACGUUCAGACGUUGCCUCCUGCUGGAUACCAUCGCCAGACUGCCAGAGCCUGAGGAUCCAGAGUGGAUAAAGAAGCUCCUCCAGGCUCCCUGCGCUCUCUGUGACUCACCGAUGAUCUAAACCUAACCCAACCAAUGAACCUCAGGGCGACCACCAGAGCAGCCCGCUCUGACACGGGGUCCAAUUUUGUUAAAAAUCACUGCAACAUUUUUUUUAUUUCAUGUAUUUUGUUAAUGUUUUUAUUACUUUAUUUUGGUAUCUUUAAAGUGAAAAUA